UAGGGCUCCCAGUGUUGGUACCAACAACGUAGAUACAGCAUCUUUGCAGUGGUGAAAUUACUUUGAACAGGGGAAGUCAGAGGGUGAAGAUGGGCAGGGUCUUCUGCUGCUAUUAUUUCUAUACUAGCCAAGCAUUUUUAUUAGAGUAAGCCAAACACCUUGACUUACUUUUUACUGAUAUCAGUUUGUCUAAUUCACAUUGACAUUUAGGGCAGGAUUUUCAAAGGAGUUUGAAGUACCUAUAUAAGCUUAAUUCUUUUUGCACUGCUGAUGUCUCAGACACCGUUAAGAAUCUCACGGUGACUUCUUGCAAACACCAAGGGGGAAAGUUUCUGUUUUUCAGAAGGGUUGUCAGGAUUUUGUUAAGUAUAGAGCUCAAGUGUCCCUCACGUUGCCAUUAAUAAACCUAUUACUUGUGUUCAGCCAGUAACAGCAUAGGUAGUGGAAUGAAUAGGAAGUUUGAAGAGGAAGUGUGAAAAAAUAGACUGAAGACAGUGUACUGUUGAUGGUAAUCAUUAUGCUUCUUUACAGAGAAGAUGAAGAACUCUCUGCUCGCAGCUAUCUUUUUAUUUGCAACGGAUUCCUGCAACUGCACAAGGUGGAAUUUUCCGUUUUGCCAGCAGCUCCCAGAUUGGGACAAUGAAUUAGUAUGCUACAAAGAAGUAAAUGAGGAUCUAACCUGUACCUGGCUGCCAGUACCCAGUGCUCCGAAUAUGGUUAAUUAUACCGUAUUCUUAAAAUGGGACAGAAUACCAAAACUUUUUCAACGAAACACAUCAUCGUCUUCCAUCACAAUAGAAAGAAAGGAUCUCUACAUGAAGCGAUCGGCAUCUAUUUGGAUAGCAGUGAAUUACGCCCAUGACAGCUGUGUGAAAGGAAAGAACAUCUCAGUUACACCGAGCAAAGCAGGGAAGUGCUUGACACCAUCUAACAUAAAUGCUCAUCAGAUCACAAACCAAUUGAUAAUAAAGUGGGACUUGCCUGCAACUCCUACACCAUAUGAGCUGAGAUACAGAGAGGCACUCACAGAAUCCACUUGGUGGACGCUGGUGCCUGUAGAAAGCAGUGCUGUCAAUGUCACCAUUUCGAAUUUAAAUGCUAUGUCUUCAUACAUUAUUCAGCUCAGAUGCAUAGCCAAGGAUGGUCUCCACUGUGUUUGCAUUUGGAGUAAAGAGAUUUUGGUCCCUCACAAACUCACGAACAUGCCAAGAAUAUCAUAUAAUGCAACUACAGAAAUCUCUCCAGGCAGAAGAAGUGUUCUUCUGAAGUGGGAGAUAACACAAAGUGAGAACAUCCUUGGAUACUACGUUAAUGUGGAAAGAAUACCUAACAGUUGCAGGGAUUCACCAAAUCGCUUCUUUCUAAAGGACAGAAAAGUUCUUCUAAACCUCUCCAUGGCUUAUUAUAGAAUUAAUAUUUCUGCCUAUAACAAAGCAGGAGAAUCUCCACAAGCCACCUACAUUGUCUCAGACUCCUCUGCAACAGACUUGCCUGGCCAAAUCCAUGUCAGACACCAGGGGACUAAUGCAGUUGUCACCUGGACUCCAGAAUACAAUCCAAAAUGUUUUGUGGUUGACUGGGGCACUGGUAAAGACGAUAUGCGCAUGAAAAUAAUAACUACAACUACUGGAAAUUUCAUGCUAGACAAUUUUCAGCCAUAUAAGUUGUACAAAAUAAUGGUACAUGCAUCUGAUGUGUGUCAGUGUGAAAGUUUCACAAGACAUGAAAAGACUUUUGGAGUGACCCACUUUUACUCAGUUGAAGGAGUUCCUAGGACAGGUCCCGCCAAUGUGACAAUUCUCAAUAUCACAAAGCAUUCUGCACUUGUGAAGUGGACCGAAAUAGCUGCCAAAGACUGUUUGGGCGUUCUCCAGGGAUACAGAAUCAGCUACACAGAUUCAUCGAGGAAGAAGUCUCUGGCUGUUACUCUCAAUUCUUCUACCACAAGUUACCAUCUUACUGGACUGAAGGAAAAAACCAUCUACCGUGUACAGAUUUCAGGAUUCACUAAAGCUGGCGAAGGACCUCCAACUCUUUCACAGCCUUUCAGCACUCCAAAAUACGAUGAAGGAGAAUUUGAAGGUCUUGUGACUGGCCUUUGCUUCAGCAUGAUGUUCAUUCUGGUUUUUGCACCUCUCACUUGUUCUCUGGUGCUUAAAAGGCUGAAAAUAUCAUGCUGGCCCAGUGUACCAAGUCCAAGAAACAGCAGUGCACUCCAAGAUAUGACUAAUUGGAAACCCAUUUCAAGGUCACUGCUUCAAGCCCUGUCAGACAAUGAUACCACCAGCCUUUAUGUCAUAGAGCAUGAGUCAAAGGCUCCUUUGAAGAUAGAUCUCUUUACAAAUGGUGGAGAAGACAGCAAGUGUGACGCUUGCCAGUCAGAAGAACCUACCAAUAACAUAGACAUAAGCCUAAGGCAUGAAGAAAUCCCUGAAGGAGUUACAAGUGAAGAAGAAGGAAUCAUUUCCAUUACAAUACCACUCUUGAGUGACUACACCAGCAUGGAGUUCAGCCAGAAAGCCCUGAUGAGUCCAACACUGAAGCUGCCUGCAAGAGCUGCUCGUCCUCAUCUGGAAAUGGAACUAAGCAGUAAGCCAGCACAAACUAAGCAUCAGGUUUUGUUUGCUCCCCAAGACUACCUCAAACAAAGCCAAGUAGUAUUUUUGCCAUCUGGACCAACUUUGAUGGGACAAGUCAAUUCGAACUGAAGCAUCUUCAUAAUUUCCCAUACCAUAAAAUCAAGUUCCAAAACCUCUGAUGCUUGAAUGGAGCCAUUAAGACCACAUAGGACAGUAAGCUUGUGCCAGUAGUUAGUCUCUGCUUCAAUAAGCUUCCUUGGUGAAAUAGAUUGAUUAUAUAAUUAGAUUAGCUAUUUCACCACAUUCAUUCUGUGGAAAGUCCUACUGUCUUCACACAGGCAAAACUUUCAGGGAACUGUAUGAGAAACCCUUCCAGUUAGGUACCUCUUGCUCUUGAUUUUCAGAUCUGAUAAUUAAGUUCUUCAGUAAAAAUUCCAGCAAAAGUGUCUACCACUCCAAAGAAGCUCUCCAGUUGGUCAAAGCUGGCCAAAGAGAAGAGUGAAAAGCCUUGAAUUUAGGAAUAGAAAAUGAUGCUUAUCCAUCUAUGUAAAGCACUAUCAAGUGCUUAUACAUCUUAGAUCUUUACACCUUUAUUCAUCAUAGAUGAAUAUUGCUGUGUAAAUGAAGAUGAUAAUAAGUAUCAUUACUAGUACUGGAGUUUUUACUUGCAUUAAAUUAAGGCUAUUUCUUCCUACAUUUAUCUACACAGACAUAGAAAUCCAUUCAUGUUCUGUUAUGAGAUGUAGUUCCAGGUAUGAUGUCAUACUGCACACAAUUACAAUAUCUGUUGAACAGACUUCAAGAGGUGGAUAGUUCAGUUAGUCAUCCCUCCAAAGCUUGCAUAGAGGAGGAAUCAUUG